AUGCGCGCAGUCGCCUGGUUCGGCCAACCCUACAACGUCUCGGUCAUCGACAUGCCCGUCCCAACAAUCAUCAACCAGACCGACGCCAUCGUGCGUAUAACCAGCUCCGCCAUCUGCGGCUCCGACCUGCACUUCUACCACGGCUACACCGGCGCCGACAAUAUCCCCUGGGCCCUUGGCCACGAAGCAGUUGGAUACGUCGAGGAGGUUGGCAGCGCGGUCUCCUCGCUCCAGGUCGGCGAGUAUGUGAUCAUCCCUGACAAUGCGCACUCGGGACAUUACGGUCAACAGCACCCUAUCUCAUUUGGGUCGGGGUCUGAGAACUAUGGAGGGCUGCAAGCCGAGUACGCCCGCGUCCCCUUCGCCGACAUGUCCCUCAUCCCCAUCCCCUUCAACAACCAAACCGACAACACCACCAAGGAACUCGACUACCUCAUGAUCUCCGACGUCUUCACAACAGGCUGGCAGAGCCUCAGCGACAGCGGCUUCGAGCCCGGCGACACCGUCGCCGUCUUCGGCGCCGGCCCCGUCGGCCUCCUCGCAGCCUAUUCCGCGCUCCUCCGCGGCGCGUCCCGCGUCUACUCGGUCGACCACGUCGCGGACCGCCUGGCGCUCGCCGAAUCCAUCGGCGCUAUCCCCAUCGCCUUCAACGAAACUCACCCCGACCCGGUCUCCACUAUCCAAGCCCACGAGCCCAACGGUGUAACACGCGCCCUGGACUGCGUGGGCUUCGAAGCUGUUAAUGCCACGGGCUCCAGGGAAGACGGGCUCGUCCCGCGGAAUUUGAUCUCUGUGGCGGCGCAGCAGGGCGGGAUCGCGAUCACGGGUGUCUAUGCGGGCGGGCAGAAUAGCAGCGUUGGCGCUCCGAAUGCGGGGACGUUGCCGGCUGAAGUGCCCGUCUCUGUCUUUGAGAUCUGGGCGAAGGCGUUGAGUGUUGGGAGUGGGAUUGUGCUGCCGCUGGUGCAUGCGCAUGGGCUUGUGGAUCUUGUGGCGAGGGAUCGUGCGAGUCCGAGUUUUGUCGUUAGUGCUGUUAUUGGGAUUGAGGAGGCGCCCGAGUUUUAUCGGCGGUAUAGUGAGCAUUUGGAGCAUAAGGUUGUGAUUCGGUUUUAG